UUGGGAGAUGUAGUUAGCUGCCUCCACUAACACCACCAGCCGGGACACCACCACCCGCGAGGCGAGCCAGACACUCACUCACAGUUGACAAUGCGAUGGGAAACUGCUGGACAUACUGUGUCGGGCUCUUCAGGAGAGAAGCCAACAGAAUCCAGAGAGGAGGCGGGUCAAAGUACUUCCGAAGCAGCACCACAGGGGAACAUUAUACAAUAGAGUUUGAAAAUCUGGUCGAGAGUGAUGAGGCUGAGAGUCCGCAGCCCUGCCCGAGGCCCAUCAGUGAAGAUGAGAUCAAGCACCUCAAAAAGCACCGCUACACCGCGCUCUCCGAUAAUCAGAUCCUGAUAGACCAGAAGCUCCAAGUGGAGUUAGAGGCACAAGAGGAGAAGUUGAGGCUAGAAGAGGAGGCUAGAAAUGCCACCGAGCGCGAGGCCGCCAGGUUGUCGCGUGAACGCAAAACGAAGGAGCAGAUGCCUCCCCAGAGGACACGUGGGAAAGCAGAUGGCUCCGGCGGUGAGACUCAGCAAAGAAAACAAAACCCCGGGGAGGAUUUUGACGCCUACCUCCAGAAUGUGAGAGCCCAGUCGGACGCUUUCAGGGGCAACAGACUGCCGUCCGAGACGAACGUGGUGACUCCCAACACCGAGUGCAGCUGGGACUUCACCAACAAGACCCGCUCCACCAACGAUGACGGGACCUCGCUGGAUCUGGAGUGGGAAGACGAGGAAGGAAUGAAUCGCGGACUCCCGGCCUGGGAGAGGUCCCGGACGGAGGAGGACAUUCUGCGGGCGGCCCUGAGGCCCGGCGGCAGGCCGGCAGACAGCGGCCCGCCCUCGGCCUCGGAGGACUCCACCGCGCUGGAGUGGGAGAAUGAUUUUGUGGGCAGCCACGCAGAGGACAAUGCAGACACUGAGUUCGAGGGGUUCAUCAACCCGGUCCUAGACACUCCCUCCGAGGACUCCCUCCCGGACUUUGGCCUCCGGUCGGACAACCAGGACAGAUAGUGUCCAGAACCAAAGGAGACGUUCCCGUCGUGUCCCCUUCACAUCGAAGCUCACCAGCUUAUUCUUCUUUUCGCCUCGUGGAGAGGACAUGUGCCGAGUCGUUCUUCAUAAUCCGUCAUACGAGACGGAAGCUGUGGGAACAAGUUGCAUAUCUCCACUCUUCACUACAGUGUGGUGUGGCGUUUUUAUCAACAACAAAAAAUUCUUCCAGUGCCUUCAUUUUCCAUAACAGCCGACCAUUUCUGCAUUGUGACUCCAGGGGAUCCAUAAACAGCGUGUGAGGCGUCGUCAAGCAGCACCAACCUGCAGCUUCCCUUAGCCUCGAGUCUCCCGCCUCCAGUCCAGCUCGAUUCAGUUGUUGCAUGAGACACAUAAUUCCAUAUAAAAGGAAUAAAUAUUAGACCAAAUAAUUUUGACAAAUCAGUGGGGGCUGGAUCAUUUCUUCAGUCGCUGAUGGCUUAUCAUCAUCGUCAUCGUCAUGGAUCGAUUGAUCUUCAGUCCGACUUUGUGUGUCUCAUGUCUCUGUUUGGUUUAUUAUCUCGGUGAACUACAGCAUGUGGUCAAGCAGCAGCGCCCUCAAAUCAGGCGUUGACCUCGUUGCAUGCUUCUCUGAGCAGGGAGCCCCCCCCCCCCCCCCCCCUCCAGUCACACUACCGACGUGGGACCUAUCAAAACUGUUCACAACUGCAAUGUGCAUUUUCUGAUAUUUGUGUCAAUCAACAUCAGGCCACACUCUAAGACAUUCAAUCACAUUCAAAAUGGCUGAAAAAGGUGUGCCGGGCUCUUGGAUACAUAACACACACACACACACACACACAGUGACUCCUCUCUAUCACUAAAUCGUACGACAUCUGGGUUUAAGACGGACAUUUUUCUGUCUUGCUUUUUUUUCCCACUUCGAUUUCAUGAGAAGAUCUUUUGUUGGUUUUUUUUAUACUUCAAAAACGACAGAACAGCGACAUCAUUGCCAGUUACCGUGACAUCCACCACACCACAAACGUAUAUAAUGGAUUAUUAAGGACAGCAGGUCUUUAUGCACCUCUACAUUGUUUGCAUAGAAUUAUUGGUUAUUUAAUCAAAUGUCUGCUCCACACUGGACUUUUUUCUAGGCUCCCUAGACGGCCAGCUGCUGUUCUCAUUAACUGGUUAAUGUUGAUAUUUGAUAUCCAGUGUUCCCACAGCAGCCUGGAAUAUAUGGAACGAUAUAGUAAUGGAAAAUGCAUACGCAACAAACAACAUAGGUGAAACAUAACCAGAGACAAUCUUUCUCUCCAAAAAUCCUUUUGUGUUCCAUGACUGAUUUCUGAUUGGUUGCUGUGAUUUUUGGUGAUCUGCACGUAUUUGGGAGACGAAUCAAUUCUAAGUGUAAUAAUGACUUUUUCUUUAAUCUGGCGUGAAAUCCAAAGCAUAGUUUUUAUAAUGAUUUGUGUGAGUCUGGAUGGGGAAAAAGAUGGUUAUCAAACAUAUAAUCAUGAUUCUGGUGUAAACUUUGUUUCGUCUCUGUAAUCGAUCCGAUGCUGCUCUCCCGAGGAAUCUGAUGUAGACAUAAUGUAUAUAUAUAAUAUCCAUUUGUUGACCCGUCUUGUAGCGCCUCGUCUGAAUCCAAAGUAGCGUGCACUGAAAUGAGCCACGUGCGUGAACAGGAAACUGAUCUGAGAGCUGUGUUCUGCUGCUGCUGGAGUGUGCAGACAGAAAUAAAUGUUAUGGGGCAUCACAUGCACUCCCUGUGAUCGCCAUGACGUUGAGUAGAUGUCAUGACGUUUGUAGUUCACACACCUAGAAUACGAGUCUGAGGGCCAACCAACUACAAGAGCUUCUGGCUGCAGAGGACCGUAAAGGGUUGUUCCUCGUUCUAAUGGAGGUCUGUCGAGAAGGAGGAACGAUGAAGAUGUCCUCACAUCUCACGUUUGUAUUGCACUGCGUCUCUUUUGAUUGUGUUGAAGUUGGCGCCACUGCGGUCGGCUCGUCCACCAACGCCUCUUCAUGCUGUACAGCUAAUCACUUUUCUUUUUUCUUUUUUAAAAAUUAAAGUUGAUACUCGUAACUUACUGGUGAUUUAUUUGUACGAUUCACAAAAAUCAUGUGACUUAAAUCACAAACAAACACAUAAACCAGGAAUCUUUCUAAAUCUGUUGGAUGUAUUUGUCUUAGAAGUCAAUUAAAGAAACGACAAAAUGCAGAGAAUUAACACACACACACACACACACACACACAUGCAGACAGUAAAAGAGGAGUUGAGAGGUCAGAUUAGAAUAAUUGACUGCAGAGCUUUCAUGCUGGAACUGCUCCUGUCUCUCCGGGUUGGAGGCCGGUCGCUUCAACGUGCAGCUUGAGCUGUAACUAAAUGUCCACUUUUCUUUUUUUAAUGCUGCUCUGUGUUAAAAAAAAUAAAAAUACAGCAGUGACUCGA